AGCCCAGCGGCCGCCGCCGUGCUUGCCACGGUGGGUCGCCUUUCUCGGCCGCUGAGGCCGCGUCCCACAGCCAUGUCGCGAUUCUACCGUCGCAAGUACAAGUGCGGGGACCUGGUGUUCGCCAAAUUAAAGGGCUACGCCCACUGGCCCGCCAGGAUCGAGCAGACGGCCGAGGCCAACCGCUACCAGGUGUUUUUCUUCGGGACCCACGAGACGGCCUUCCUGGGCCCCAGGCACCUCUUCCCGUACGAGGAGUCCAAGGAGAAGUUUGGCAAACCGAAUAAGAGGAGGGGCUUCAGCGAGGGCCUGUGGGAGAUCGAGAACAACCCCACGGUCCAGGCUUCCGAUUACCAGUGCGCCCUGGAGAAGAGCUGCCCUGAGGAGCCCGAGCCCGAGCCCGAGCCCGAGGCCGCCGAGGGCGGCGAGGACCUGAAGAGCCACACCAACGGCGGCGACGGCGAUGAUCAAGGGGAGCUGGGCAUCGACCCGCCAGCUGAGGAGGAGAACGAGAAGGAGCCGCUGAAGAGGACCGCCGAGGACCCGCCAGAGGACGUCGCCAAGCGUCCCAAGGAGGCUGAUGCGGAAGAAGGAGAGGAGAUGAAGGAGGCGGCCGCUGUCGCCGAGGAGGCCGAGGAUGCGAGGCCGCUCCUUGUGGAGGCGGAGAACGACCCCGCCUCCGGGCCGGGCCCAGCCUGGGGGCUGCCCGCGAUGGAGCAGGAGCCAGAGGAAGAGUCCACCGAGAGAGAGGCCCAGGCCCCAGGCGUCGGAGGCGGCCACGAGAGCCAAUAGUCACCAAAGUUUCCAGAAGAGCCCCCCACCCUAUUCCUGCUGCGGCCUGGCUGUCACAGGGGGAACUGGCCACGGCCUGCAAACUGGGACCGCCUCCCCCACCCCACCUGCUCUCCACCGCCCUCUCUGCCUCUCCUGCCCGGCCCUCGGGGAUUGACCCGGAGCUGGCAGCCCACCAGGCCUUCACCUCUGCGCCCCACACCCUGGGAUGUGAGCCAGCGCCUCUGCUCCCUGGGGCGAGUGAAACCACCGUGUCCCCUCCCUGCCUGGAACUGUUUGCCAAGGCUUCUGUUGGAGCCCAGACCGGCCGUUUUCCACCUCCUGAUGCCCCUCUGUCCCUCCCCUCCUAGGCAUUCUGGAGUCCACGUUGGAAUCAGAGCCGGUAGUUUCGGAAGGGGUGAAGUAUAAGGAGCCGGGUAGGGGGGCACGUCCAGGGGCCUGGCAGGGGCAACCCUCAAGCUGUGGUGGUGGGGAUGGCAGGAGGGUGGUGUCUUCCUGAGCUAGCGUCCACUCCUCCCAGGCCCACGGUAUCUGAGGCCUAGAUUCUGAGAAAGUGAACGGCUUUGGCGGGAGGGCCUCCUUUUUGCUGACCCAGGGAGUUAUGGGAGUUGUAGUUUUUCAUCAGAUAAGGUGGCACUUCCAGGUUGUCAGCGUGAGCGGAAGCUUAGCUUCGCCCAGCUUCUUGGGUUGUAAGGCUGAGGAACAUCUGUCCCCAUUUAGAUCUUUUAGAGGCUCACGGGAUGUUCUGGGAAGACCCCUGGCCACCCCUUUCGCUCCUCCCCCAGCCUCAAGGCCACUGCAAGUCGUAAACAUCACCCAGGUAUAAAAGAACUGGGCACCUCCACUCUCCUCGUUUUACCGUUGCAGUUACCCGUUUCUGAGAUGAACUAGGCGGUUCCCUUUCUACCUGGAGUUUCAUGGCUCAUUUAUGUAGUUAAGCUUCGCUGUUCCUUUUUUUCCCACCCACUUCCCCGGACCUGGUCCCCUCAGUAUUGUCACCAGAUCUGAUGUGUAACCGACUAAGUCAGGAAAACAAGGGGCCCCUCCCCCACCUCUUCCUGGUGGUCUCUCUGCCUUCCUCCAUCUUUUGUCUCUCACCCAUGCCCUUCUCCCUUGGGCUCUGAGGAAAUAUUGUUGACAGUAGCUUUCGAAGUUUAGAUCUGAAUAUUUUCAGUUCUGAGGAAAUAAAACCCGUUGAUUACUUUAA